GGCGGUCUCAAACCCCGGCUGUCAGAGCCAGGACACCGAGUCGGCCCGGACUCCCUCUUUCUGUCUUCCUCAGACUGCGCCAUGGGGCUCAGCGACGGAGAGUGGCAGCUGGUGCUGAACGUCUGGGGGAAGGUGGAGACCGACCUCGCGGGCCACGGGCAGGAGGUCCUCAUCAGCCUCUUCAAGGGCCACCCGGAGACCCUGGAGAAGUUCGAAAAGUUCAAGCACCUGAAGACAGAGGAUGAAAUGAAGGGCUCCGAGGACCUCAAGAAGCAUGGCAACACGGUGCUCACUGCCCUGGGGGGCAUCCUCAAGAAGAAGGGCCAGCACGAGGCGGAGCUGAAGCCCCUGGCCCAGUCACAUGCCACCAAGCACAAGAUCCCCGUCAAGUACCUGGAGUUCAUCUCAGAGGCCAUCAUCCAGGUUCUCCAGAGCAAACAUCCCCACGACUUCGGCACUGACGCCCAGGCGGCCAUGAGAAAGGCUCUCGAGCUGUUCCGGAACGACAUUGCUGCCAAGUACAAGGAGCUGGGUUUCCAGGGCUAAGCCCCUGCACGACCCCACCCCCGCCCACGGGGGCGCCGGGCCCCAGGGGAGGGUGGCGCUGGGUCUCCUGUAGCCACGUAGAGUUUGCUUCUGAGUGUCUGCUUUGUUUCUGAGAGGCGGGUGGGGGAGGGGAGGGGGGGGAGGCUGUUCGGGCUGGCUUCAUCUGCCUGGGGACUGAGCUCCUUGUGGGGGUCAUCACCCCGGGAACCGGAAGUGUGGCCCUUUGCUCUCUGCCGCCCGCAGCCUCUCUCCUCUCUCCCCUACUCCAGCCCAAUUCCUCCAAUCUCCAAACCCAACCCGUCACCCGCGCCUCUAAUCCCAAAUCCAAGCCGUAAACAUACAGAUUCUCUGACCCAUCACCCCCACCAGAUGCCCCUCUGCCAUGAGAAACGGGUCUGGGCAGAGUGGGGACAGCCAUACCCAUCCCAAAGGAGGUGGCAGGGCAGUGGGGGGUGGGGUGGGGUGGGGGUUUCUGGAACCUAAGUGUGCCUUUUCAGCUAAUGGAGUAACUCACCUGGUUUUAAUAAAAGACCCUGCAACAUGA